AUGCGUCAGGGCGCGAGGCUGCACGUCGCGCAUUCAGACGCCUUCAUCGUCGACCUCAGAGUUCGGUGCACUGACCUCGGCGCUGGACCAGACACGGCUGGCGCUGCUCGGUCAAGCUCAGAAGCUGGUCGAGAACAACACCGUGCCGAGCAGCUCCGCGACGACACACCCGGCGACGCGACCCCGGACAGCUUCCGCGCACCGACCCUGUUGUUUGGGGGCGCUUGCGCUGCGGCCACCUGCCUGGCGGCGGUCAGGUCCGUAACACUUGCCGUGACAGUCCUCGUGGCUGCGCUCAUCGCGCUGUCCGCACGGAGCACAGCGGAGGAGGCGGUCGUGGCUGUGCGUGGAGUGGGCAUCUCGGUCAAGUGCCAUCGAAGGUUUCCGUGGCCCACGCGAGAGACGUUUGUGCGGGAGGAUUGCGUGGUCGGGCCGCUGAUCUACGAGAGGGUGACGGUCACCGGCGUCAGGGCCGUGCUCGCAGUGCUCGUCAAGGAUCCGGACGGGGGCGCGGAGAGGCUCGUCACUCUGUUCCGGCGCUCGGACCUGCGCCUGCGCGACAUGCAGACAGCGUACCGCCUCCUGCACCGCGUGAUGCCGGGCACCGGGACGCGGCCCCCCGUGCGCCGCUCGUAG